AUGUCGAUACAAACUAAAACCUGCAAUGUCGACAUGAAUAGACCGAUAGCAUCUACAGCAACAUAUUGCCCUGCGAGUUUUGCUGUGAGAUCAUUAAAGACAUCAAAAACCACUCAGCUUAAGAAAAAAAAAAAAGAUUUACAAAACAAAAGGGAAAAUGAGAAGAAAUCAGACAAAAGACAAGUAAAAGGGACUACCGAAUACUGCAAAAAGAACCCAGCUAACAACUCCUUCGGCAUAGCCAACGCGCCGCGAAGGUCGUCGAAAGUCAACGUCAUCCCCAUGCCGAGCAUGGUGACGGUGAUGCCCAUCACUGUCCACUUGGGCUGGACCCAAUCAUACCAUCCGGGCCUCAAUAGGCCCAACAAGCAGCCCAAAGCAACCCACACCGGAAAAGCCGUGGAGAUGGCCUCACCGACCGCCUCGAUCCAGCUCUUCUUCUCCGCAGUCAACGCGCUCGAAGAGUUGCUGCACAGAAGGGGCUUCGGCCUGGGAACCGCACCGAAGCGGGACGCCGCCGGAGAAACCAAAAAGGGCUGCCGGAAAUGGAGUUGGAUUUGA